AUGGAUGUCAGAUACACUGACCGCACCAUAUCGCUACUUUCGAAUGACACAGCAGGUACUCUGUCGUUAGAUGAAGACGGGGCACAUCCCAUAAUUGACUCCAAUUCUCCCUACUCCAUUCAAAAUAGAGAUUAUGGAAGCCAACGACUAGAGUCACCCGGGGGAUUACUUUCUCCUGAACCUUCUACAUCGGAGUCAAGCCGCUCAAGGCCCCGUAAAGCAUCCAUAUCUUCCUCUGUUGAGACAGUAUUCCCUCUUGCUUCCGGUCUUCCGCCUCUGCAGGCUCGAGGACACUCAAAUGAGUCCGAUAAUUUGAAUCCAGUCCUAGAAGAUGAUCCGCAAUGCUUCGAUCUUGUCACUGCCCCAGAAGAAAUUAGCCCGAAAAAGGAAUUCUCCUUAGAGAAUCGUUCAGAACAGCUUUUCUCUCAAGAGCAUCUCAAAAUAAUCUUCGCUGAUCCUGCGCUUUUGUUCAAAUUCACUACUUUUCUCACAUCUCAUCGACCCCAGUCAGUGCCGGUUCUGGUCUACUAUCUUGAUUCUCUAAAAGCUCUUCGAGCCAUCGAAUAUGCGAACGCUAUCUCGGAGGCGCUGAAUCCAAUCCAAGGUCACGAAUUCACGACUGAGCCUGCAAGAAUAACAGUAAAUGCUACCCUGGAACACAAAGCCAAAAAAGCUUUCGAAGUGCUAGCCCAGGAGGAUCUACCAGCAUACAUAACUAGCACAUAUACUCGCAUCGUUAGCCUUAGUAUCCGUGAGAGAAUCUCAGGUGCUCUACCUCCAAAUCUGAGAGAGGCAUCUGAAGGCUUGGCAGAAGUGUUUUGUCUCACAGACCCUUCAAGGCCAGAUAAUCCUAUCAUUUUCGCGUCUGACGAGUUUCAUCGAACAACCCAAUAUGGAAUGGAUUAUGUUGCCGGGCGAAAUUGUCGCUUUCUGCAGGGACCCAAAUCGAAUCCUCGAAGAGAUGGAUCUCCUUUUAUGAAUUUGUUGAUGCUUGCUCCGCUAUGUGACAGUCGCGGUAAAGUUCGUUAUUUUAUCGGCGCACAGGUUGAUGUCAGCGGGCUCGUGAAGGAUUGUACAUGCAUCGACUCCUUUCAGCGUCUUGUGGGACAGGAAGAUCCCAAUGUUGAGGGGUAUCAGACUUCUUACGCAAGUGAAUCAAAAGAGGAGUUUCAAGAGCUGUGCGAAAUGUUCAAUACGACUGAAUUAGACAUUGUCCGCAAAUGUGGAGGACGGAUGCACAAAGAUAUCAUCGACGAUGAAGACUCCAGGUCAUGGCGCCAGCCAAGAUUGCUGCUGAAGGAGCCAAGUCCGGACCUUAACAAAUUGCUUCAAUCCGACAUGAAAGCACGAGGAAGGCUCCGUGGUAUAUAUGAGAAUUACGUGCUCAUCCGACCUUUUCCGUCCCUUCGGGUCUUGUUCGCCUCCCCAUCUCUCCGAGUGCCGGGAUUCUUGCAAUCGCCAUUCAUGGACAAGAUUGGUGGUUCCUCAAGAGUACGCGAAGAGCUUCUUACAGCCUUCGCCGGAGGUCGUGGAGUCACCGCCAAGGUCCGCUGGGUUUCAAAAACCGAUGACGUGGGUCGCAAACGCUGGAUUCAUUGCACGCCGCUACAGGGGCACAAUGGCAAUGUUGGUGUUUGGAUGAUCAUCCUCGUCGAUGAUGACAGGGAAGAAAAUCGAAAAUGGAGACUCGCUCCACCGGUUGAUGCAAGAAUUGGAAGGACACCUAGCGCUGGGAAGCGUGAAAGGGCCGAAGAUGAGGUGACAUACCACAAAAUAAUCAGAGAUGAAAAUUGGGUUCAUAGAUCGCCCUUUGGUCAUCAGCGCUCUGGUACCCCUCUGUCUUUUGAUGCUUCUAUCAGGUCCGGCUCGCCGUUAUCAUUCGCCAUGAGUUAA